AUGGCUUCAGGAAAAAUAAUUAAGCUGGUUGUGUAUGAAAUACUUCAGUUCUCUUUUUUAUGUAUUCCAACAUUUGUUGUGAUGGAGAGGUUUGCCUUACACUUAAAGGAGGUGCAAAACCACAACAAUGACAUUACUUAUUGGCUCAUAGUCUCCUGUUCCAUUGCAUAUGUGAUGACGGUGACAUUGGCUGUGUGGGUUCCUGUAAAAGUUAUGAUUUAUAAAAAAAGGCGAGCGUUUAUUUUGGAAAGAAAAUGGAGACCACUUAUGUUGAUUUACCUGCUUCUGACUACUCUGCCAUGUUUUGCAUUUUUCAUAGCUGCAUCAGAGAUACGUAACAGUAUCAAUCCUUGUAACAGCAACAAGUUCACUGACCUUCCAGUUUCAUUGACCUUAACAUGUCUGAUUCUUGUUGACAUCAUUCAGAAGCUCCGUAAGUAUCGACUGAAAGGACUAUUAACAGUACAAAUCAGAGAAAAUAUUCCAUCAAAUGGUCCUGUAGUGUCAUACAUAGAUGUCCCAAGUGUGUCCGCACAAGUAAGAAGAGCACAGGAAACCCAUGCACCUCCUCAGCUUGAAGACUCCAUUGAACCUACACUGGCAGAAGGAGAGGGACCAGAAUAUCCUUCAAGCAUAUCUGGAAUAAGUUUGCAUACAGCACCCAGUAUUCAUAGCAUUAGCACAACUAGCUACAGCUCCUCCAGGACACUAAAAUUCAUAGCAGUAAAAGAUGCCAGAGCUGAAAUAUUUCUCGAUUGUUUUGUUUUCUGGUUUGAUACAAUAGAAAUGGUUAGAGUAGCAGGCACUGAAAAAGUAUCUUGUUCAGGAUGGGUCAUUCCAAUUUACAUCUUCAGUUUUUUGUCAUUGGUUCGAAUUAUAUUACCAUCAACAAGUCCCCUUUUGUAUUCUUUAGGUGUCAUGUUGCAAGAUUUUCCAUUCCUUUUUAUUCGGAUUCCUCUACUUGCAAUAUUCCCAUAUACAACUCCAGUUCUCUAUGCAGUGAAAAAUGCAUUGGUGCUUGGGACACACAUCUAUUUUAACUAUUUUACACGGCUAAGGUUGUGCAGAACAGAUGAGCAAAAUUUUUCUUAA